AUGGAAAUGUUAGUGAAGGUGUGGUUUCAGAACAGGAGGAUGAAACAUAAACGACAAACUCUGGGAAAACAAGGUGAAGACGGAGACGAUAAAGAUUCAGUUACCAGUGAGAGCAGUAGAAGUGCUAAACUAUCGGAUAAGUUUCUAGAAGAAGAUAUUUCUAAAAAAAGUUGUCAGGGUUGUGAAAUGCCUGCUACAGGAAUCUGCGGCUCGAAUGAAGAGUUUCCCGAUAUUAAAACCAAUAAAGGGAACGAUAAGAAUACUCCUAGCGAAACUAACAAUAACAUUAGUAAUAAUAAUAAUAAUUUCAGUAACAAUAGUAAUACUAGUAGCAUAGACAGUUCUGCUAGUCACGAUAAACUGAUGAACGAAGGAGAUUCUAGAUCUAAUGAAGAAAGUGGAUCUUCAAAGACCUCCAAAAUACCAAAAAACAGUCCUGUACUAUCAAAUACUACAGUUUUGAAAGUAGAAGGUCGACGCAAUUCUCCGAUAGCCACAUGUGAGAAGAAAGCUGGAAUGAAAAAAGUAUCUGCGAGUCCAAGUCUCAGUAAGGAUAGUGGCAUCAGUUUUGGUUCUAAUGAAAGUAUAUCGAUCAAGAUGUCACCCAUAAGUUCAUCAGGUAUACCAACAAACUUGCUAUAUCCCCAUCACCGUCAGAGUUCAUCACCAACAACAGCAACUGCGAUUGCUUCAGCCACCGUCACUAUACAAAAUGGAAAUAUGCCAAUAGCUCACUUUCCAGAUCAAUUCAAUAGUAAUAAUCAAACAGAAUAUCGAGCACAAAAUCGACAAAAACACUAUCAGAUGUCUCAGAUCUAUACUGGCCACAUGUAUAGUCAAAAUCAUCCGGCAGUCAAUAGUGCUCAAGACUAUCAUGGGAGUCACCCAAACAAUAUGGGGCACCAUAAUCCCACCCGAUUUCCAGGUAAAGGAAGACAAUCAAACUACUCUGCCCAUGCAAACCAGUAUUUCUAUAAACAUUCUGGAUGUGAUGAUUACACUAUUGGGUCAAAUAUUUAUGGUCAAGUUCAUCAUGCAGGUGAAAACGGAUAUCAUCAUUACGGUUACAGUGGAAAUAAUGUGUAUCCGAAUGAUGGAAACGAGACGAUGGCACAGAUGCCAAACUCUGUCUGUCACAACCAGGAUCUGACCUCUGAUUAUUAUGAUAGUGAGAAUAUGAUUCCAGUAUCGACGAGACUUCAGAAUCAACCCGAGUAUCCGAACAGAGUUGGCUAUUACGACAGUACCUACAGUUCUAGUAAUGUUACCCAGAAUGCAGAUACUACAUAUGUGUCAACCGAAAUAUUUCCAGGAGAUAAUAGCACCUCUAUAAUGACACCUCCUGCUAGUUGUGCUACUGAGGGCAGCGAGAAUCACAACUUCCAUCAGUUUUACCCUGGAGAAACUCAAACUCAAGUAGCUGUUCCUGCUGAAAGUAGUAAUAGUUCGUCGGACUUCAAUUUCCUGAGCAGUUUGGCUAAUGAUUAUACUCCAGAAUAUUAUCAAAUUUGAUUCAGUUUGAUUGAUAUAUUUGUUGAUAUUGUCCCUCCAUCAUGGGGUACCUAUGUGAUUUAGUCGAUUAUCGUUAUUAAUUUGUUUCCAUGUGUAUUCACUGUAUAUUUCGAAAUUCAUGUUAUUUCUUCAAAUAGUUGAUCAAGAACUGACAAUCCCAGAGAAAUUAUUUUGUUUUUGGCUAUAAAAUGGCUUAGGAACUACAUAUGAGUUCACGAUCGAUUUAGUAGUUCAUUCCUCGGAAUAAUGUACAAACAAUUUAAUAUUGCAAAGAGAGAAAUCGAUAUGUAAUUAUCGGAGAACUAGGUUGUUGUUGAAUGUAUAUAAUACAAUUCAUGUAUUUACUUGAAAAUGUACUUAAACCGUAGAUCACAUUCAUCGAUUGAAUUCUCGGAAUCCAUGAAUAUAGAAGAUUUUAAUAUAAAUCAGUAAACUAGCUUUGUAUACCUGUUUAAGUUAUCACGCGAAUUGGUUGAAUUCAAUUUCAUUAACUAACACUCUUUCUGGCUAACCCUCCUUGUUUUCUC